UAGUUGUCUGCAGGCAAAGAUGGCGGUGCGGAAGAAAGACGGCGGCCCGAAUGUAAAAUAUUUCGAAGCGUCUGACACCGUUUCUCAGUUUGAUAAUGUCCGCGUCUGGCUGGGAAAGAAUUACAAAAAGUACAUCCAGGCUGAACCCCCUACUAACAAGUCUCUGUCCAGCCUGGUGGUCCAGCUGCUCCAGUUCCAGGAGGAGGUGUUUGGCCGACAUGUCAGCAACCCUCCACUCACAAAGCUGCCGAUGAAAUGUUUCCUAGACUUCAAGUCAGGAGGGGCUCUCUGCCACAUCCUGGCUGCUGCCUACAAGUUCAAGAGUGACCAAGGAUGGCGCAGGUUUGACUUCCAGAAUCCGUCGAGGAUGGACCGAAAUGUGGAGAUGUUCAUGACGAUCGAGAAGUCCUUGGUGCAGAACAACUGCCUGACGAGACCUGUCAUCUACCUGAGCUCUGACAUAGAGCCUAAACUUCUUGGAAAGUUGAAAGACAUCAUCAAAAGACAUCAGGGCUCUGUUACUGAGGACAAGGCCUCCAGCUCCCAUGUUGUUGUCCCUAUUCCCAGCAGUCUGGAGGAAGAGGAGUGGGUGCGUCCUGUGAUGAAAAGAGAUAAACAAGUGCUUCUCCACUGGGGAUAUUUUCCUGACAGUUAUGAUACCUGGAUCCCAGCCAGUGAGGUUGAAGCUGCAGUGGAGGAUCCUCCCAGCCAGGAAAAGCCCAGAAAGGUUCACGCAAAGUGGAUUUUAGACCUGGACCAGUAUAACGAGUGGAUGAACGAGGAGGACUACGAGGUAGGCGAGGGCUGCCCCAAGAGGAAGAGAAUCUCAGCUAAGACCCUGACAGAUGAGGUGACCACGCCUGACGAGCGGAGGGACAAGAAGCCCGGCAGUGCCAAGAAGAGAAAGCGCUCACCGUCGCCCUCCCCGACUCCCCCACCGCAGGAGAGCAAGAAGAAGAAUACUAAAAAAGCCCCAACAACUCCAUACACUAAGUCCAAAAGAGGACAAAGGGAAGAAGAGCAGGAGGAUCUAAGUAAAGACUUGGAUGAAGCGUCACCUAUUCCGGCAUCUGAAGAGGGAAACCCAGCAAAGACAAAUAACACAAAGAAGGACUCUGACUCAACUCCUGUCAAGGGAGGAACAGAUUUGGAGGAGCCAGAGGAUGAGUCCAUGGAAACAACGGGGAAGGAGGAGGAGGAGGGCUCACCCAGUGUGAAGGGUGAACCAGUGAAAGGCUCGGACCUUCACGAGGACAAUGUGACCGAGCAAACUCAUCACAUCAUUAUACCCAGUUACGCUGCCUGGUUUGACUACAACAGUGUUCAUGCCAUUGAGCGCAGAGCCCUGCCAGAGUUCUUCAAUGGGAAGAACAAAUCCAAAACCCCUGAGAUUUACCUGGCGUACAGAAACUUCAUGAUUGACACCUACCGGCUGAACCCACAAGAGUACCUGACCUCCACCGCCUGCCGCAGAAACCUGGCAGGAGACGUGUGUGCAAUCAUGAGAGUCCACGCUUUCCUGGAGCAGUGGGGUCUCAUCAACUACCAGGUUGACUCUGAGAGCCGACCCACACCCAUGGGCCCCCCACCCACCUCUCACUUCCACGUCCUGGCAGACACUCCAUCCAGUCUGGUGCCGCUGCAGCCCAAGACAUCCCAGACCCCUGCUUCCCAGCAGAUGAUGUCCUUCCCUGAUAAAGUGAAGGAUAAACCAGCAGAUCUGCAAAACUUUGGGCUGAGGACUGACAUGUACAGCAAGAAGACUGGCUCAGCAAAGAGCAAGAGUGCCGCCAGUACUAUGAGGGAGUGGACAGAACAAGAAACGCUACUACUACUUGAGGGCCUGGAGAUGUACAAGGACGACUGGAACAAGGUGUCAGAACAUGUGGGCAGCCGCACUCAGGAUGAGUGUAUCCUGCACUUCCUGCGGCUGCCCAUUGAAGACCCUUACCUUGAGGACCACUCCUCGUCCCUGGGGCCGCUGGCCUAUCAGCCGAUACCUUUCAGCCAAGCAGGAAACCCCGUCAUGAGCACAGUGGCCUUCCUCGCAUCUGUGGUCGACCCACGUGUGGCCUCAGCUGCAGCCAAAUCUGCUUUGGAGGAGUUCUCUCGUAUGAAGGAGGAGGUUCCUGCUGCGCUUGUUGAGGCUCAUGUGCGGCGGGUGGAAGAGGCAGCAAGGGUCAGCGGUCGACAGGACCCGCUGUAUGGACUGGAGGGGAGCGGAAUAGCAGGUACCGGGCUGGAAGAGGGAGAAAGACCAGAAGAAGGCAGUGAUGAAAGCAAGAGUGACAGCCAAUCAAGUGAAGACAAGAGGGACGCCAAGGAAAGCAAAGAUGGGCCAGCUGAAGAAGAGGAGAAGCAGGCAGAAAAUGGAAAGAAGGAAGAAGAAAGAGGAAGAGAACAAGAGGGAGAGAGGGAGGCAGAGAAAACAGAAUCCGAGAUGGGUGACGGGGAGAAAGAGAAGGAUGGAAAAGAGGGCACAGAGGAGGGCCAAAGAGAGACAGAGAGUGAAGGAGAAAGGAAGGCGAAGGUGGAACGUGACAUGGGAGAGGGGAACCUGGCCACUGCUGCGGCGUCUGCACUUGCUGCUGCUGCAGUAAAAGCCAAGCAUCUGGCUGCAGUGGAAGAGAGGAAGAUCAAAUCCCUUGUUGCUCUGCUGGUGGAGACCCAAAUGAAGAAGCUGGAGAUCAAACUGCGACACUUUGAAGAACUGGAAACUAUCAUGGACAGAGAGAGGGAGGCUUUGGAGUACCAGCGUCAGCAGCUGCUGGCUGACCGUCAGUCCUUCCACAUGGAGCAGCUGAAAUAUGCUGAGAUGAGGGCCCGCCAGCAGCACUUCCAGCAGAUCCAGCACCAGCAGCACAGUCAGGGGGGUCCUCAUGCCACUCAGGCCCCCUCGGCCCAGCCAGCCCAGGGUCCAACUCAGCAAGCUCCCAGCACACCAGCGCCGCAACCGGCUCCCAGCCCUGCUCCUCCAACCUCUGCAGCCCCGCCUCCUGAGCCCCAGCCGGUUCAGGCUGCUCACACCUCUCCCCCCUGUCCUCCAGGCCAGACCCCAGCGGCCCACUCCAGCUCCAGCUCCAGCUCCAGCUCUGCUCCUGGACUCCACGAGCCCAACGCCCCCCUCCCCGGGGAAACACUCCACCCCUCAGCUCCAGUCCCACCUCCACAGUGAGAAAAAAACCAUCGCCUGAGGAUCUGAAUGACUCUGACCACUUUGAAUCCUGCCUGUAUCAUCUGAAAUGAAGAAGUCAUGAAUUGAAGGAAAAGAACACAUUUUACAUGUUCAACUCUUUUUGUGCAUUUUUUUUUUUUAAAAGACAAUUUGAUGUGAGAAAGAAAAAAACACGUCCAUGUGAAACUGCCUCUACUUUGACUAUCAGUUAAAAAAAAACAAAGAAGUCUCUUUCAAAUUGGUUCGGACUAUGAAGAAAACGAACUUUAACAGAAGCCGUUCACCCUGCGUGGUCAUUUUGACAGAAACAUCUCACUGAUUUGAAGCUCGACACCAGAGACCUGGUGACCUCAGAGGGUCUUUAAAACAUGCUGGCACUUAAGAAGAAGAAGAGAAAAGACUCAUCUCUUACUUUCAGUAUUCUGGAAAAUGUUGCAUUUAUUUCCUGCAGUUGUUUAUCAGCUUGUGAAGUUUUAUGCUUUAUAAUCUCUCCUUCCCCUUUGUACUGUAGGUACUGAUGAAAAAAAUGCACUUUUAACCUCGGUCUCAUUGAAAGACUUGAAGCAUCCAUGAAAUCAAACUCUAGCACUUAUAUUGUCCUUUAACUUGUCUUAAAUAGUUUUCCAUACUGAAGGUUUUGGAAACUUGAUUGGGAAUAUUAAUUUUUCCUCCUUAUUGUAUUACAUGGGCGGAUGGUCACUCUACAGGGUCAGACCAGAAGGUCACAUGUCUAAAACCAACUUCUUUCUCCAGAGAAGUGAGAAGAAUGUGUAAUGAGAAUUAAAAGCCAGUUAGAAAUAAGAAAAAAAGCUGGUCUGAUUGCAGAAGAAAACAUGUACUGUAAACUGGAGUUUCUGUUACAAACAAGCUUUUUGUUGCCCUUCAAUGACUGUAUUUAAAAGUACUGACAGCAUGAGGCCAUCCUGAAGAUCUCUCUUCAACUGUAUCUCCAAAAUGUCCCCAUUUCAACAGCACUUCAAGAAAAACAUGAGGCGCUUCAUGUUUCGCAGAUCUGGAUGAAUUUCAAGCAUUCCAGGUUGUAGUUUUGUGAAGAAUGUAGUUUUGUUCAGAAGGAGCGAAUGAAAAAAAAAGAAUUGAGAUUAUUAUCCUACCAGCGACCGUGAACAGUUUGUGUUUUAUUCAAUAUCUGUGUUUACUGCUAAACCAAAAUGUUUUUAUAGUCAUGUUUAUCUCACAUUUAUUCAGUGAGUUUUAUUACGGUUGCUUGGGAAAUACAGAGGAUUAGUGUUCAAGCAGCUUGUUUUUCAUCGGUGCAUUUCAAGUGACAUGUAGAGGAAAUGUUAACGCUGUCAGAAAACAAGGGAGCUUGCACCUUAAACAGCUGACAACGGAUGAAUUGUGUCCUUAAUAUCGGCAACAGUAUCCUCAUUUUUUAUCCUAUCAAUUUUUGUAUUUUUUACUGUCUGUUUUCCAUCUUCUUUAUUUGAUAUGUCAACAUUGUAACUGUAUUAUUACCUUUGUAGCCUAUAUUUACCCCCCUCCACUGUUGUGUAUGAUGCAGGCAGGUCAGCUGGAGCUGCCUGAGGUGUGACUGUGAGCAUGUGUGUAUGUGGACGCAUGCCAUUCAGAUCUGUAAACAUCAUUACCGUUCAGUUUUAUUUUCAAUGCCAUUUGCUGUCUGUUACAAAGUUUGAAGAAUUGAAAAAAACCCUGCGUUGUUCUGCACACGGCACAUCACGGCAGUGUCAUGAAAUAUAAUCCAGUCAGAUGAUGAAACUUUAACGUCCGUCAAGCCAGUAUUGCAGAGCUCACCACGGCUGUGAGAAGAAAUGGACUUCUUUUAUCUGUGUUAUUACUACAUUGUGUGGAUUUUGUGGUAUGAAAUAAGUGUGUGUUCAGUUUCUGUAUGUUUUUCACUAUGCUGGAGGUAGCAGCAGUUACAUUAUUAUACAGUAGAAGUCAAUUUUCCUCAGUAAAUCAUCACAUUAGUGCUGACAGAUACUCUGGCAGUUUGUAUUAAAAAUGAUGAGGCAAAGAGGUUCAGGUUUUAAUUAAAACAUGUUCGGGGAAAAAAUAAAGAUUUGAAGAGGA